AUAAACGACCCUGGCGGACUGUUCUCGCGAUCGCUCCACCAUCGCUCAGUGAUUCACAGUGUUUUCGGGCCAACCCCACAGCAGUAAUAAGUCAAGUAAAAAUGGCUUUCCGCGUUCUAACCCGUUCCACCGUCGGCAAUCAGCAGCAGCAACAGCUUAAAUUGCUGUCUGACCUGUUGAUCCGAUCGUUCAGCAGUGGCCCGAAGAACGUUGGUUUCAUUGGGCUCGGUAAUAUGGGCGGUCCGAUGGCGAGCAACCUGAUGGCCAAGGGACACAAAUUGCACGUGUUCGAUAUUUCCGCCGAUGCCAAGAGCGCCAUGAAGGCAAAAGGUGCCACGCCGUACGAUAAUGUAGCAGACUUGGCAAAGGCAUCCGAUUUUGUGGUAACGAUGCUGCCGAACAACGAUAUCGUGGCCAACACAUACGACAGCAUUAUCGGUGCCGGUGGUGUGAAAAGCAGUACUGUUUUCAUCGAUUCCAGCACAAUCGAUCCGAAUGUGGCCAAGGCAGUCCAGAAAAAGGUAAAGGCAGCCGGUGCCACGUUUGUCGAUGCGCCGGUAUCGGGUGGCGUUCCUGGAGCCCAGAACGCCACGCUUACCUUCAUGGUCGGCGGAAGCACGGAGGAAUACAACGCGGUGAAGGAUCUGCUCGAGGGUAUGGGCAAGAAGAUAACGCACUGCGGCGGCUACGGUAUGGGCCAGGCGGCCAAGGUCUGCAACAACAUGAUGCUGGGCAUUUCGAUGUGCGGCCUGGCCGAGUGCAUGAACCUCGCGAUUCGUCUCGGUCUCGAUGCGAAAGUGUUUGCCGAUAUCAUUAAUGCCUCAACCGGUCGUAGCUGGGCCUCGGAGGUGAACAAUCCCGUGCCCGGUAUCGUACCGACUGCUCCGGCCGGCAAAUCGUACGCUGGUGGUUUCGCUACCGGUCUGAUCACUAAGGAUUUGGGCAUUGCGUCGGCCGUGGCCACUACGUCCAACACACCGAUUCCACUUGGUGCGCUUACUCACCAGAUCUACCGCCAGUUGAUGGCCAAGGGCCUUGCCGAUAAGGACUUUUCCGUCGUGUAUGACUUCCUCAAGAACAACGAGGGCAAGUGAGAGGCUCAGAACCGGGCUGCCAUCAGGAGUGUGACAUAGAGACCUCUUUAAGACGUCUUCCAGAGAGUGCAUUUAUAACAUCGUAAAAUAAACCAGAAACUGCGUUCAGUUUUUUUCCUAAUAA